AUGAAAAAUUCUUUUCUAAUCUAUUUAUUGUUCUUUUAUUUGGUGAAUUAUUCAUCAUCUACUCUUGUUAACUCAAUAGAAAAAUUAUCAUGGUCAUCUAGUGGAGCAUUUCAAAUUGUCGAUCGUUUUCUAACCAGUGAUACACAAGUAACAUUAAAACUUCUUUGUGCUGAAUCAUCUGUAAAUUUAAAUGAAAUUCAAGAACAAAUAAGAAAACCCUUAUACAAUAACUAUGGAAAAACUAAAAUUCAAAUAACGGGUCGUAUUGGUCGUGUUGUCGGAUGCUUACCAUUACAAUCUGAUGCAUUUAUGACUACAAAUCAAUCAUCAUCAAAAGACAAUAAAGUUUCCCGAACUAUAUCCGAAGCGUUUUAUAAAAAUUUAUGGAAGCAAAUGGAGGUCAGAGAGUUUACAAUGCAACAAACUAAUUGUGAUUAUCCAGGAGAAUUAUAUUUUGAUGAGUAUAAAAAUAUGACGGGACCAGAAGCAGCUGCAGAUAUAAGAAAAAAUAUUCUCAAACAAGAACGUGAACAAAUAAGUCCAAAUCAAAAUAGUUACAUACCUCCUCGUCGUCGUCGUCGUCGUCGUGGUGCUGAAGAAACGAAUAUAAAAUUAAAUACUAAACAAUCAUCAUCAGCAGCUGCUCUAAGUCAACCAUCAGAAAAAAGGUUACGAACAUGGACUGAUGGUUAUUAUUUAAUCGAAAUUUUUCCACCAGUUUUUCUUGAAUCAAAUAGCCCUGAACUUGGUGUUAAUGUCAUGGUAUCCAUGAAGAAUCGUCAUGGUGGUUAUAUAACAGCGGAUGAAUAUCCCGCAUUAAUUUUUUAUGGUGUUAUGUGUGGCAUCUAUGCUUUAUUUGCUAUUUUAUGGCUUAUCUGGUGUGCAUUAUAUUGGUGUGAAUUGCUUAAAAUACAAUUCUGGAUCGGUGGUGUUAUUUUGAUUGGUAUGAUUGAAAAAUCAGCAUAUUUAGCUGAAUAUGAAAUAGUUAAUCGAUAUGGGUAUAAAGCUCAUGUUGCUGUUGUUACAUCGGAAGUUCUUUCAUGCUUAAAACGUACGGUAGCACGUAUGCUCUUCGUUAUUAUCGCACACGGAUACGGUAUAGUCAAACUGCGAUUAGGGCCAUUAAAACAAAAGGUACUUGCUAUGGGUCUUCUUUAUUUUCUAAUCGCUGCAACAGAAGCAAUACUUCGUUUGAAUACUAAAAAUGAUGAAGAAAACAAUAGAGUAUUAAUAUCACGUAUACCAUUGGCUGUUAUUAAUGUAGCUAUUUAUUAUUGGAUAUUCACAGGCUUAGUUGCAACAACGCGAACAUUACGUUCAACGAAAAAUAUUGCUACACUAAAUGAUUAUAGAGAUUUUACCAGUACACUAAUAUUUGCUAUUAUAGCAAGUUUAUUUUUUAUGGCUUGGUCAUUGAAAUCUCAUUUUUUUACAACAUGCAUUACAAAUUGGAGAGAAUUUUGGAUUGAUGAUGCAUUUUGGCACAUAAUAUUUUCACUAGUGCUUCUUCACAGCAUGUUUCUAUUUCGACCAUCAAAUAACAAUUCACGUUAUGCUUUUGUACCUUUCCCUCAUCAAUCAAAUAACGACGAUGAUGCGUUUGAUGAUGACGAAGGUAAAGGAGAAACGGCUGUAUUUGAUUCAAAAACAAUGCGUAAAGCAACAAAUAUUGAAAAUGGUACAGCAUCAAAAAGUAAAAGGCAACAGCAAGUAUCUUUGAAUCGCGAAGUAAAUGUAUCAUCUGUUGGAGCUGGAGGUUCAAAUGGUAAUGGUGUUGUUGAAGAUUCUUUGGCAUAG